AUGGAGAGUAAGACCGCACCACUCACUCACGAGAUUAAACGCACUCGCUUCUGCUAUUACUUCCCGGAGGAGAUAAAGAAGUUGAGUGUGAAGAAAAUUACAAAUCCAGUUGCUUUUGAUGGUGAUGGAAAUCCAAUUCCUGGAGGAUUGUACGAUCCUGCUCUGGGCACGAACGAGUAUCAUGUCAAGUGUCCUACUUGCUUCCGGAAUUUUGAUAACUGUCCCGGACAUCUUGGCCACAUCGAGCUAGAGCUCCCUAUAUAUAAUCCCAUGCUCUUUUCGCUCCUGUUAAAGAUCCUUCGUUGUUCCUGCCAGAACUGCCACCACUUCAAGAUGAACAAGAAAUACGUAAAGAAAUUUGAGAUUCGCUUCCGUCUGCUUCUGGUUUUGGCCUCUCGCUUUGCGUAA